CUGACCUCUGACAGCUCAGCCUUCCCCUGCGAAACACGGAAGCAGCAUGGCGUCGAACUAUAACAGCUCCGAGAGGCAGCGAAUUGCACAGCAAAGAUUGAAAAUCAUCGCUGGCCAUUUACAGAAAGACGAGGACGGAGAACUGCCACGGAUCUUUGCAAAUGACUGCAAAGCCGAAGCAACUGACAGACAUGCUUCCAUUGCAAGAACUAUGCCCAAAAGGAGGCAGGAGAUUAUGAAAUGGAAUGGCUGGGGCUACAGCGAUUCCAGGUUUCUCUUCAAUAAGAAAGGCCAGGCGGAAUUUACUGGAAAAAGGUAUCGCUUGAGUGGGCUGAUCCUGCCCAGUUUGAAGGACUGGUUUGAGGGCACCUUCGGGGCCAACCUUCAGCACAGGUCGCCGGCUGUGCCGUCUGUCAACACCAGCGCUGUCCAGCAGCCCUCCCUGAACGAGGGCUUUGUGCAGGACCUGAAGGCCAGCGGCAUUCCCUCCUCCCACGAAGCGGAGGACCGGCUGUUCCGUGCACACGGUCACUGCUUGCACGAGAUCUUCGCUCUGCGGGAAGGGAAGGUCGGGCGCAUUCCGGACAUGGUGGUUUGGCCGAAUUGUCACGACGACGUGGUGAAAAUUGUGGAGCUGGCCAGCAAACACAACGUUUGUUUGAUACCAUAUGGAGGCGGGACCAGCGUGUCCAGCGCUCUGGAGUGCCCCGCGGAGGAGACCCGCUCCAUCGUCUCCUUGGACACCUCGCAGAUGAAUCGAAUACUGUGGAUCGACGAGAAGAAUUUAACGGCGCACAUCGAAGCCGGCAUCAUCGGGCAGGACUUGGAGAGAGCGCUGAAUGAGAGUGGCUACUGCACGGGCCAUGAGCCUGACUCCAUGGAGUUCAGCUCUCUGGGCGGCUGGGUGGCCACCAGGGCAUCCGGCAUGAAGAAGAACAUCUACGGCAACAUUGAAGACCUGGUCGUGCACAUAAAGAUGGUGACCCCUCGAGGAGUGAUAGAGAAGAGCUGCCAGGGCCCGCGCAUGUCCACGGGGCCCGAUAUCCACCACUUCAUCAUGGGCUCGGAAGGAACCCUGGGCGUCGUCACGGAAGUGACGAUGAAGAUCCGACCCAUCCCGGAAUACCAGAAGUACGGAUCGGUGGUCUUCCCCAGUUUCGAACAGGGAGUGGCGUGCUUGAGAGAAGUGGCGAAACAGAGAUGUGCGCCUGCUUCCAUCAGGCUGAUGGACAACGAACAGUUUCAGUUUGGUCAUGCACUGAAGCCUCAGGUUUCGUCAAUAUUCACAUCCUUUCUGGAUGGUCUGAAGAAAUUCUACAUUACGAAGUUCAAAGGGUUUGACCCCCACCGCCUGUGUGUGGCCACCCUGCUGUUUGAGGGCGAUCGGGAGAGAGUCCUCCAGCACGAGAAACAAGUCUACGACAUCGCAGCCAAAUUUGGGGGCCUGGCAGCUGGGGAGGACAAUGGGCAGAGGGGCUACAUGCUGACCUUCGUCAUCGCUUACCUCCGGGACCUGGGAAUGGAGUACUACGUGAUCGGAGAGUCUUUUGAAACUUCCAUACCCUGGGACAGGGUCCUGGAUCUCUGCAGGAACGUGAAAGAGCGAAUUGUGAGAGAGUGCAAGGAGAAAGGCGUCCAGUUUGCUCCUCUGUCCACGUGCAGAGUGACGCAGACCUAUGACGCCGGCGCCUGUGUGUACUUCUAUUUCGCCUUCAACUACAGAGGGCUCUCCGACCCCGUGCACGUCUACGAACAAGUGGAGCAUGCUGCCAGGGAGGAGAUUCUGGCUAACGGGGGAAGCCUCUCGCACCAUCAUGGAGUGGGAAAGCUACGGAAGCAGUGGAUGAAGGAGUCCAUCUCUAACGUGGGUUUGGGGAUGCUCAGAUCCGUCAAGGACUUCGUGGACCCGGAUAACAUCUUCGGCAACAGGAAUCUCCUGUAAUCCUCCGUUCUCACCACCAAAAUGUAUGUGGUUUUUACAAUAUCCGGUGGCAUUGGAAAUAACAAAUGACGAGUGGUUAAUCGAUUAAAGAGGUGUCCGUAGCCCUUUUGCUGUUGAAAAGGACGGCCAUGUUUGUACUGGGCAGCAUUGCUGUCCACCACAAUAUUACGACUCCUCCCUAAUUCUGCACAUUCUGCUUGACAUGAACCUGAAUAGAAACCUUUUCCUACUGCAGGCUACUGUGUCUCCAGGGGAAAAGUGUGGCUUUAAAAGUCACGUGUAGUCUCUUCUGAAUCUGUACUAAUGUACACUCCCCUCAUUCUUUGUCUAGUCACCUGACGGAAAAUUAAGGCGUGAAACAUUAAACUGUGUUCAUUUCCACGGCAUCUCAAAGCUGCGAUGUGCUAAAUGAGUAGUUUGGAAUGUGUGGUGCACGUGGUCAGUACCAGUUCAUUAUGCUUAUCCCCGAUGAAGAUAUUUAUACGUCUCCAUAAUUUCUGCGUCUUUUUUCAUUCGUUUUGUAUGCCUUUUCCACUGUAAUGUUCCCGAAUCACCUGUGCUCGCCAUUAUAGCGUUAGGUUACUGAAAAAAAAAAAUCUUUUUCUAAAGUACUGUGCCUUUAAGAUCUCUGCCUUUCCUCCCACACGCCAUGUGAAGUGUUUACUCGCCGUGUUUGUGCGUCGCGCCCAAACUCUUCCCCGAAUCAUUCCUGCGCGGCGUCUCGGGCCCGAGCGGCGCCUGCGCCGUUACGGAAUCCCUCAGAACUUUGAGGCGAGUGACGCCAGGCCUCCUGCGGCCGAAGCCUCGUAGCCGCCACCGCUCCACGUGACCGCGUUUUCUUUCGACCGCUUCCAAGAAAACUUUCGCCCGAAAGCGUUCGGUUUACUUCAAGGUUUCCCCCCAACUUUAGCCCGUACCUUUGACUUUUAAGUUCUCAACCCGAUUCAUGCACACGUAUAUUUGGUGUCACUCUGACUACUGCCAACCGACUGAAGCAGCCGCUGCUGUCGACUGGGUUGAUUUCUUUUUUUUUCUCCCCCCCCCCCGACGGGUAGGACUUUGUUUGUCUAGCUCUCGAUGGCUGUUUAAGUACAUGAUCCUUGCCUGUCAGGCAGCAGGCAGAGUUUUGAGAUGAGGCCAGGAGUCUUCUUGCAUUGUAUUUACUUUAGUGUGAACAUGUUUGCAGAGAACUCACCUGAAUUAGUGUCACAGUACACAUGUUUGUACCAAAGACAUUCAGAUGCACCACUAUCUACAGUCCCUCACAAAUUUUAUCAUAUGUAUAUGUUUGUAUGUGCUGUACAGUAUCUACAUUAUACAUGAAGAUGUGAACACCAUAUAUAUAUAUACAUAUAUAUAUAUGCAAGAAGCUAGACUAGAAUGAUUGAUCUUUAAAAAAGAUCUUUAUAAAGUAAAAUGUAUUGAUAAUUGUGACUGUUAUUGUAAUUACUACACAUACCUGUCAGUCAUUUUCAUAUUACACAUUCUUUCUUAAAGCCCAGUAUGUCCAUUUCUGGCUAUGCCUUUGAGUUGAUCCUUUUUCUCCAUAUGUGUCUUUGUGAGCCGGCCUGAUUAUGAUGCUCUGUUGAUGUGAAUUUUUACUCAAACUGCAGCCAUUUUAUCUUUUACUGAAAUGUCAUUUUUGCCUGUACCAACCAAUGAAUAUGCAGAUGAUUUCUUUUAGUAUACAUUAUUUGUAUUCAUAUAUUGGCCACAACCGCAAACCCAAAAACCAGUAAUCCUGAUGGAAGGUGCUAGAAUAAGAUGCAACAUGUGCGCUGAUGUUAAUAGAUUUAGUACCUUUUACUGCACUCUUCCUGUGUUAUGCUUGACUAGGUUGCCUUAUGGUUAUGUACAGUGGAUAGUAUCCCCUCUUUUGCGUCCAUCUGUCCACAGAUGUCCGUCACUUGUCUGAAUUCUUGUAAAUUGUCCCAGUGAAGCUCCGAUGAAGGAAGUGUUUGGCCUGAAGCCAACUUAAAAAGCCAUUUUCUAACGUUUCCUACUUUUGCUUCUGAAUCCAGUUUGGAAUUACAUACAUACUAAUUUGAGAGCUUGAAAUCAGAAUGUUAUCAAAGUUUUUUUGGUUUGUUAUUUUGUUAUUUUUCCAAUUGUUGUGAUAAUGUAUUAACAUUGCAGUACAUUUUUGUCAAUAACAUUGGUGCAAUAAAUGACUUGAUUAAA